GCCGCAAAGCUCGCACUCGUGCUAAAAGCAGAUAGCUUCGCUCAGGCGGUUUGUUUGUAGCCUUCGUAGGCCGUAUUCAUGACAUAACUUACGCGCUACAGACGACGUAGCAGAGGCGCCGUUGCAUGGAGAAUCGUGCGGAGCGUGACGUAGCUCUUGUUCGGGAAUACGGAGCCGUCCUGGUCGUAUUCUUAAAGGCCGUUUACGUGCGGAGUUGACACUUGCUGGUGAAACAUGGCGACGCGCUUGCUUGUCAUGGAAGGGGAGCAUAAAGCAGCGAUGUUGCUUUUGGGGAACAUAAACCCUUGUCUUUUUGGGCAGCUGUCUGCUCAGAAGAGCUUGUGGUGUUAUUAUGAAUCCCAUUGUAUUUGUUAAAGCCACCCGAAUCACGUAGCUCAAUGGCUAACAGUUGCUACGUAGGUCAAAUUAGCUUUCAGUUAACGGCUUCUCUUUGAUGUUUGGUCUAUGAUCGUCACAAAGGCUGAUAGAUAUAGCUCCACCUUCCACCCAAAGUUGAAAUCUGCCAUCAAAGAGAUUUCUACGCAAAAAUAUAUUCAUUUUUGAACCUGCAUUAAUGAUGUAUUCAUCCGACAAUAGUGAAAGUACAAACGGUUUGCACAUCCAGUGUGCAUCGUCGCCUCCUCAUCGACCACACAAUGAAUGCUCAAGAAAUUUAAGUAACGGCGGGACGGCAACAAACAUAGAGUCAAGCAAGGAGUGGAAUGGCCUGAGGGGGAUCCCUCCGGUGCCUCCUGCCCCCGCUCGGGCCAAUCCGCCAAAACUGACUGCUCGGCCUCUGCAAACCACCACUGUGAUGGGGGACGGACUGGAGCCAGGCAGCAGCCACAACCCUCCUUCGGCCCCGCAACCUCACCUCCUCAACCCCGCGCCCCCAGAACUUGGGAAUUCCACCAGACCCAAACGGCAGACCAACCAGCUGCAGUACUUGCUCAAAGUAGUACUAAAGACAUUAUGGAAACACCAGUUCGCAUGGCCGUUUCAUGCUCCUGUAGAUGUCAUCAAACUCAAAUUACCGGACUACUAUAAGAUAAUUAAAACACCAAUGGACAUGGGCACCAUAAAAAAGCGACUAGAAACCCACUAUUACAAAAACGCCCAGGAGUGUAUUCAAGACUUCAAUACCAUGUUCACCAAUUGCUACAUGUACAACAAGCCCAGCGAUGACAUUGUGUUGAUGGCAAAGGCUUUGGAGAAGCUUUUCCUCCAGAAGCUCACACAGAUGCCACAGGAAGAGACUGAGAUCGCCGUGGUCACCAAGGGACGCCGCGGCAUUAAACGAGAGCCUGCUCUGAUCAGCAUGUCCGAAUCAAGUCAAGACAUAUCGUCCCCUUCCCCCUCCAACACCCCUCACACGCGGGGCUUUUCGUCCCCUUCCGCCCUGGCGCAAACCCAUGCGUCGUCAACGCCACCUGCGCUGGCCCAGCCCCCACGCGUGCCUCCGACACCUACAGCCCACGCUCCCCACCUCGGACCUUCGUACCCACUUUCAACCGCAGGGAUCCUACCCACAGGCAUGACCACUGUGGCCCCUCCGGCCGUUACGCAUUCAGGCCUCCACCCAAGCCCGAUGCUCCAGAGCGCCCCUGCUGUCAUCAAGCAAAGGAAGAGCCAGAAGAGGAAAGCAGACACAACAACCCCCACAGCCAAUGACCAGCUCAGCGAAUCGUCCCCCGUAUCGGCAGAGACCCGACCGCGACGCGAGAGCAGUCGCCCAAUGAAGCAACCGAAGCGAGACCCGUUGCAGCCGGACUCUCAACAUAACUUGGUCGGCGGGUUGGAGAUGGGAGGCGUGUUGACACCAAAACGUCAGGAUCUGUUGAAUUCCUGCUCCCUCCUUGUCAAAGAGAUGCUCUCCAAAAAGCAUUUUGCAUACGCGUGGCCCUUUCACUUACCCGUUGAUGCAAAAGCUCUUGGACUUCAUGACUAUCAUGACAUCAUCAAGCAUCCCAUGGACCUCAGCACCAUCAAGAAAAAGCUGGACAACCGACAGUACAGAGACCCCCAAGAGUUCGCAGCAGACGUCCGAUUGAUGUUCUCCAACUGUUACAAGUACAAUCCGCCGGGUCACGAUGUGGUGGCCAUGGCGCGGAAACUCCAGGAUGUCUUUGAGAUGCGUUUCGCCAAGAUGCCCGAUGAGCCAGAGGAGGCCAUUCCGGUUCCCACGCCGUCUUCAGUCCUCCAUCCCGCCCCGUCCAUUCGACAAGCGCCGCCGCCUCCUCCCAUCGUCUCGGAAGACAGCAGUUCCAGUAUGUCUGAAUCCGAGUCGUCGGCAGGAGACUCUGAUCAAGAGAGGCAGCAGCGACUGGCUGUUUUACAGGAACAACUCAAAGCUGUCCACGAGCAACUGGCCGCGCUCUCUCAGCCUCAGAUCAGCAAGCCCAAGAAGAAAGAGAGGGAAAAGAAGGAGAAGAAGAAGGAAAAGCACAAGAAGAAAAUGGUGGCCGAAGAACCCACUGAGCCUGCCAUGCUUCAAAUUUCCAAGAAGAGCAAAAUUAGCAAAGAUGCUCUCAUUGCUAAGAAGGAAAGGAAAAAGCCUGGUAAGAAAGAAGGCAUCAAAAACAGUCAUCCUGUUGCACCCCCUCAACCUGGGCCCACCCCUCUUGUCCCUUCAGCCUCCCUCGAAGCAGAAGAUGACAUGGAAAUGUUUGGGAGCGCUGUAGGUAUCGGGGGCAAGCCCAUGUCGUACGAAGAAAAGCGGCAGUUAAGCCUCGACAUCAACAAGUUGCCCGGCGACAAGCUAGGCCGUGUGGUGCACAUCAUCCAGACCCGCGAGCCCUCAAUGAAGAACUCCAACCCGGAUGAGAUCGAGAUUGACUUCGAGACGCUAAAGGCCUCCACGCUCCGUGAGCUAGAGAAAUAUGUGUCCAGUUGUCUCAAGAGGAAAAAGAAGUCUUCAGAAAAACCCCUGGAAAUGACGAACGUGACAAAGUUGAAGACAGGGUCUUCGUCAUCGGGCACCAGUGACUCCUCUGAUAGUGAAGAUUCUGACAAUGCAGGGCUGGUUCCCAAGCAGCAGAAGACGCUGUCCAACAAGGACACAAAGAGGACACAACAGCCCGUCACUAGUGUCGCCGGCCCUGUUGCGCCACACCCUCAACCGGCCCUAUCCAAACUCCCUUUUAUCACGCCCCCAAACGUCCCUGUGUCUAUCCCAGUUUCUGUCCCAAACCCUGUUCCCAUCCCUGUCCCCGCUCUAGAAUCAUCCCAACUGUUGAGCACCGGAUUUGACCCGUUGUCCCACUAUAUGAACACUCACCUAAACCAACCCAGCACCGAACCCAGCCCAGUCAUCAGCGCCGCUUGUCCCCCCCUCGUGUCCAGUCUACUCAAUGUUAACGCGCCCGUCGGCCCCACACCCACAGAGACGCACCCCUUUCUGAACCAACAUCCCAUCAUACCCACGCCAGCCAUCCACAGUGCACUUCCCCAGCAGCCAUCACGCCCCAGCAGCCACGCAGCUCCACUUCCACCCAAAAACACUCAACCGCCCCCUUCCUCGCUCCUAUCCCUGCCCACGCCGCAGCCUCAGCUUCAGAGCUCUCUCCCGCUACCCCAACCCCCUCCACGCCCCCGCGUCCCUUCGCCGCCAUCGCAUGGCAUCUUGGGCACCCUCUCUGCCCAGCCUCCCCAGGCCCUGCUGGAGGACGACGACGAGCCGACGCCCACCAGCGGCGAAACGCCGCCCCUCAGCCAGGUGCAAAGCUUCCUACAGUCGCUUCAACCGAGGCCCUCCGGGCAGGUUCCUUCGCUGCACUCGCCCGCGCAAGGCGCCGCUCAGCUAGUGCCCUCGAUGCAAGCGGCCUUGACGCCCGCCACCGUGCCAAUGCACAGGCACGGCUCACAUGGUCACACACAGAAACAAUACCCGCACGCGCUCGCCACAGCGGUGCAGCAACAGAAAGGGGCGAGUCUACAGCAGAAGCUCCAGCAGAUGCAACAACAUCAGCAAAUGCAGCAACAGCCCUCACCACGAAUCAAGUCUGCUGAGCCAUUUUCCACCGGUUGCCUGCGUGACAGUCCGUCUCCCCUAAUGAUGCACUGCCCCCUGCUGCCUCAGUUCCAGGCGACAGGACAGCAAUCUCCAACACAGAUCAAGAAAAACGAUCAGAGGUCGAACUUGAUAAAGGAGGAGAAACAGUCACACUCGCCAGUGCUGAGCCCUUCCCCAUUCAGCCCUGCCAUGCGCCUUGACACACAAAAACAUGACACCAAGCACAGAUUAGAUGGGAAAUCAUCGGAUGGUUCUCGUCCCAGUUCGCGCCUCUCGGACUCCCUGGUGCAAGCCUGCCCUCAGCAGGACACCAAAGUCAAACAAGAGUCCAAAACGUCCAUGGGAUCCAAGAGGACGCCGGACGUCAAGUUAAAGAACAUGGGCUCCUGGGCUAGUUUGGCUCAGAGAUCUCAGUCUACGCCGGCGUCGGCCGUUCGCUCGUCCAGCGACAGUUUCGAGCAGUUCCGGCGGGCGGCCAGGGAGAAAGAGGAACGCGAGAGGCAGCUGAAAGCUCAGGCGCAGCAGGCCAGGAGGGAGCAGGAGAAGUUGCGCCGCGACGACGACGACACCGUGGACCACAAUCGUCGCCCCCACGAAGACACGCGCCGACGCCAGGAACAACAACAGCAGCAGCAGCCCUCGCCCCUGGCGACCACGCCACCCGCUUCCACCCCGCCUACUCACUCCCCGCAGCCUCCGGCCGUCCCGCCUCCGGCGCCGUCCCCGACUUCCUCGGCCGCGCAAAACGCCCUCGACCAGCAGAGGGAGAUGGCGCGACGCCGCGAGCAAGAAAGGCGCAGGAGGGAGGCGAUGGCCGACACUAUUGACAUUAACUUCCAGAGUGAUCUGAUGGCCAUAUUUGAAGAGAAUCUCUUUUGAGUCGCGACGGCGACGAUGGCUGUGUGAAAAGGACCUACAUACCCCUAUACAUAAAACACAUGCACACACAGACAGACAUGGUGAGUUAUCAUACACACCUCACAAAAACAUCCAUAUAUGGACUGCAUAGUACCUGUCCCCUUUCUCACAGCGUCUUUCCCUCCCCCCUCGGAGCGCAGAUGCGUUUUGGUGUCUGACGUGAUGUUUAUAGUUGUCGGCUUGCAAUAUGGAUUUAAGAUUUAAAAAAAAACGCCUUUAAAAGGUUGUAGUCAAGGAGGGGAUGAUGAUUUAUUCCCAAGAAAUGAGACAAUGGAUUGGAUAAUGUGCACAGAUUUUCGUCGUUCCCUACUAUUUUAACUUGUUGCUGGUCUCGGACUUUGGCUUGUUUUCUCAGGACACAGCGACCCCCGCGCGUCCCUCACUCGAUGGCGUAACCCCCAUCCCCCCAUCCUUUGCACGAGUUCAGUUGAAUCGAGACCCGACGAUGUGAUUAAAAAGAGUGUGUCCUCUCUGCCUUAGCGCUCCGGCCUGUAUUGUCUAUGGUCACACCCUGCAAAAUUAUACAUAUUAUAUAUAAAUAGAUACACGAAUAUAUAUUCUAUACAAGGACAAGUCAACGGAAGAGAACACGGGAGGAAUUUGGUUUGCGCGCGCGGGCUGGCGACGAUCUUUGGAGCUCUCUUGCUUUUUAUUUUGUAGAAUUUACUGUAAAGAUUAAAAAAAAAAAAAAAAAAAACUUUUUUAUGAUGCCGUUGAGGAUUUUUUUCUGUCUCGGUCCCAUUCUAUGCCAAAACUAUGAAUUCGGAAAGUCCAUUCACUUGAUAGGAGAGGAUGUUUUUAUUGCUUUAUUUAAUGCCCCUCCCCUUUUUUUAAAUGGGAAUUUUUGCUCACGUCUUCUCUGCACUUUUAAUCUUUAACACCCGCUUCCUUCCGGAAGGUAUCGUUUUCCGUCACUAUACACGUCGAAGGCUUUUGAAGCAGUCGCUCCCCUCUUUUAGAUUUAUUUUUCUGAAGUGUUGCCAUGGUGACAUGGCUUUCUGUACACUGGCUCACACAUCAGUUGUGUUUUUAACGUUUCCAUUAGUUGAGCCCACUUCCUUUUCACAUUUGCUUCUUUUUUGGACUUUUAUUUUGUUGUUCUUCCCUUUUUUUUUUUUUGAAUCAGUUUUUU